GGGGGUGGAGACAGUCUGUAGCACGCCACCAUCCCUUAUUGGGUGACUUCUGAAAGCUCUAGUCCUGAUGGACACUAGAGCAAGCGAGAUACAACCCAUACCCAAAUCACAGUGUGGGCAACGGGUGAGCUGAGACCGAGUGUAGCUUACCCCGUCCACCAUUUAAUAAAACAUAUAUCGGGUAUUUGUACUUUUCCAUCCAAUGGAUGCAGCAGUGAUGAACCCCAAGAUAAUGACGGAUGUCAACGGCAACAGCAAUGCCGCGAACGCAGAACUGGAGGUGAAAAAGCUCCAAGAGCUGGUUCGGAAAUUGGAGCGGCAAAAUGAGCAAUUGAGGACGCGGGCGAACGGUUGCACUGGCAACCCCCACAUUCUACCUCCCUCCCCGGCCUACAUGGCCGGGAGCUACUGCAUACCUAGCCCGUUACCGACGCUACUGUGCCAGUCUUCCUUGGAGUCAUUUUUCCCGUUGGAUGAACCGUUCGAAUAUUUACAUUCGCAUUAUGUUGAUACUGCUCUCGACAACGAGGCUGAUUAUAUGGAACGUACGGUUCUGGAUGAGGUGGACAUUCUGGACCUAGAUGCUCUAUUCUCAAUUGAAGACUCUGAAGCUACCUGGCUGUAUGUGUCAGCCAAGGCCCGGCUGUGGGGGGAGAGCCCUGUUACCCCCCUCCAGUGGAGCAGACAGGUCCUUGACAGCCCCAGAACAGAGGUGGAGUCGGCCCGCUCACUGUGCCUCAGGUUGGACCAAGUCCAUAGGUGGCGGGGGGUCUUCUCCAGCCACUCUUCCCCUGCCCUCCCCCUGAGACGUGUAGCUGGAGUGUCCCCCCUCAGUGCCUCGUUCUCCAGGUCCUGCCCCACCCCUCCGCCCGCUGACAGACCUGCCUCAUUCUCCUCACCCCUCCAACCUCUCCUCCACCUGUCCCUGACUCCUGUAGGGAAGGCUGAGAGAAUUCCCACAUUCCUCCCAGCCAAUCGCAGCCGCAGCCUCCGGCGGUUCCUCCUCAGCCCCCAGUCUUCCAUGGACAGUGAGCUCAGUGCCUCCGAGCUGGAGGAUGACUCUAUCACGCAGGGAUACAAGCUGCAGGACCUUGUUGACGUCCAGGUCAUGGCUCGUCUGCAGGAGGACAGUCUUCGUCAGGACUACGCCACCACCUCCAUCAACCGCCGCAGCGCCAGCUUCUCCUUCCUCUCCCUUCAGCACAACGGCGAGGCUGACCUGGAGGAGGAAGAGGAUGAGGAAGAGUACGGGCAGCUACCUCCUCCCCAGCCCUGUCUGACCCGUGUGGGACCCACCCUGCAGCGCGGCCUCUCCCACUCCCACACCUUCUCCAGCAUACGGGACUGGAGGAGGAGCACAACCAGCCUCUCCAGCCCCUCCAGCCCUCAGUACCCCUCUGGAGGAUUCUCCUAUCAGCCCCCACCCCAGGCCAGCCCCACACUCAGCACCUACACACCCGAACAACAGGGCUUCAGGCCUGGAUCAGAUAAGCUGAGGAGGAGCAUGCCCAACCUGUUCAGGGCUCCCAGUGUGCCUAGUCCACUGAGCCCAGCCAAUCACAUCGGCUCUCCUUCCACCCUUCGGAACAGUCUGAGCUUCGACUCGUCCAAUGGGCUGGCCAGCAGGCUACAGUCCUCCAUCCCUUCACCCGGUCAGUUGCAGAACAGAGUCCAGAGUGUGGGGAACUUCCAGUCGUUGUCACGGCAACCUCUCAAAGCCACAGCCUACGUCAGCCCCACUGUGAAGGGGCCAGUUACCAUGCCGACCUCCACCAGUCUGCAGUCCCUGAGCGGCAUCCCCCUCCCCAGUAAACCAGCCGUGGGGGUUGGGGGCACUCCUACACCCCCCCGGAGCAGUCUGCCCCGCCCCGCCUCCUUUAUUGGGACCAGCUCCACACCUCGAAGCAAGAUCGCCCAACCCACACGCAGUUUAUUGACACCUCCUAAGAGCUUGUCCAGCCUGAGUGCCCUACGAGACGGGAGCUGGAGGGAUGGCUGCUACUGAGAGAGGGAUGAAUGGAGAGAUGAGAUUCAGAGAAGAAGAAGAGCUGGCAAUGUAGAUAGACCCUGCUGGUUGGGGUCACUCACUGCCACACAAAUAAUUAUUGGGGAAUUGAGAAGGCAGGUCAACCAAACUAUAGGGAAUAACAACCUUGUGUAGAACGCCCUCAUGAUUGGGUAUGUGAGGUGUGGUCAGCACUCAGUCAAACAUGCAUUCUCCACCUGUCCAAUUUGGUCUGUGCCAAGGGGAAUCCCCCUGUUGAUAUGUUUAUGCACUAACAAGUUUUAACCACGUUAUGGUUACAUUAACAUACUAAAGAAAGAGCUGCCACUUUAUGCUAAUUAAGCCACAUAAUUCGUUUUUUUACUUUGGAAUUCUGAUUAAUAAAAGGUGUAAUAUGCUGCUAAAAAAAGUCUAAAUCACUCCCUGUUGUCUGGGUGGGUGUAUUUGGUCUAAUUUUUACAUGGCAAGGUAUAUUUAAAAUACAUCUUAUGAUUAGUGUAGGGACAAAAGUUAACUUUCAGUGUGCAUUGUUGGGAUGCUGAUCGUAUUGAUGCAAUAUUCUUCAUGAUUUAUUUAAAAAUGUUAUGUGAAGCAUAUUAACCAAAUUUAAAGCUAACGUCUGAAUCUGUUUACAAAAUGUCUCACCAAGACAGGGAAAUGACUUCAAGUUGUGUUUUGGACACUUUUUAAACUAUCAAGAUUCACUGGUAUAUCUAUGAAAUAUUUGUAAUUGUUGCACUGAUUGUACAAGUGUGAAUUGAAAUUAAUUGAUUUUGUUCCUUUUAUUUGUGAUAUUGCACUUUUAUGGUUAAUUAUAAUUUUGUUGAUGAAGAGCACAGGGUAGAUGUUUUGUCUUUUGGGCUGAAGGAUUACUUUUUAAAGAUCACUUACAUUGCA